AUGCUUUAUUAACUUUGUUAGAUUGUUAAAUCGCCUUCUUUUGCCUAUCUAUAGGUUAGUUAAUUGAAGACUUUGUUUCUUAUUUACUUUACUCUGGUCUUAUCUUUUAUUCAAAUAGGCUCAAAUAUUUUCAGUAUCGAAAAAAAUGCUACUCGAGAAUAAAAAAGCGUAUUCUAUAAAAUUGCAAGCCAAAAGAAUAAUUCAAUAUUUAGCUUUUUAUUUAAAUUUUUUUUGUAAGCUACUUUUUUGUAAGUCUUUUUUUUUGAUUAAAUAUUGAUUAUACACUAGCAACUGCAUUGUUUGAUUUUUAAAGCAGGAUUAAAUCAAUUCUUUACUUUAAAUUAACUUUCUCUUUUAUUUUUUGGUAUACAAGUUAUUGCAUGUGUAGUGAGUAUUAAUGUUACAGAAAUCAAAUGA